AUGGGGUAUAAACAAACUUCUACAAAGAAUUGCGAAAAGUGUACACCAGGAUAUUAUGGAGAUCAACGUGGUCUUACUUAUUGCAAAGAGUGUGUGCAGGGCAAGUACUCGCAAUCAUACGGGAGCACGUUCUGCUCAGGAUGCUUGCCCGGAUAUUUUGCUAUGAUGUCAGGCAGCUCCACGUGUCAGGCUUGUACCGCUGGAAAAUAUUCAAAUACCAAUGACACUGUACUCUGUCACUACUGUCCAGCUGGAACAUUUCAACCGUCUCCAGCUUCAACAUUCUGUAAGUUUCUGCAAUUCCUUCCAUACUUUGAUUCUCAACUGAUGAACAACUCAAGGUGUGACAACUGUACGAGAGGCACUUACUCGUCGCAAUCUGCCAGCACUUGCUUGUACUGUCAACCAGGAUGGGUUGCUCCCAUGGACGGAUCUUCUAGUUGCGUCUCUUGUGAACCAGGAUCCUUCAGCAACGGCAGCCACCCAGGCCACAUGGCAACUCAUUGCGUGCAAUGUCAGAUAGGGAAGUAUGCGUCAAAGACAGCAAGCACCCGCUGCUACUUCUGUCCUCAAAAUCAGAUUGCACCAGCACCAGGCUUGACGACAUGCUCGAGUUGUCCAACAGGA